GCGUCAAACGGAACGCCUCCUUCUCAGCAUCCAACCCCUUCACAUUUCCGCGAUGUCUGACAUCCAGCCCUGCCUCAACAUAGGAAGUCAAGCACGCACACCAACAUUAACAGACAAUUUACAGUUAUUAAGAUACAAUGAGCGAAAUAAAACAAAAAGUGGCUUCAACUGCCAAAAAGGAAGCUACAACAGAGGAAAAGGACUGGGCAGCUGCUAAAGCGCACUUUGAAAACUUAAAAUCAACAAAACCGAGACCCCCCAAGCCGAAAUAUGCAGUUACUAUCGCAGUUUCUUCCCGCACCUUGUUUGAUAUGGUGGCAGAAAGGAAGAUAUUUGAGGAAGAAGGAGUGGAGAAGUAUGUUCAACAUCAGCAAGAGCACGAGAAUGAGCCACUGAAACAAGGACCUGCUUUUCCUUUCGUUAAAGCACUGAUGGCUGUAAAUGAACGGCUGAGGAAUCUCUAUCCUGACAGUGAAGAGCUGUUUGACAUUGUUCUCAUGACAAAUAAUCACGCCCAAGUUGGGGUGCGACUUAUUAACAGCAUAAACCACUAUGAUCUGACGAUAGAGCGAUUCUGCAUGACUGGAGGUCAGAGCCCAAUUGGCUACCUCAAGGCCUACAUGACUAACCUGUAUCUCUCCAAAGACUCCAUGAAAGUCCAGGAAGCCAUUGAGGAGGGAAUAGCAGCAGCCAUAAUGUUUAAGCCUGAUAUGGAGUCUCAGCUGUCUGAGACUCAGCUGCGCGUGGCUUUCGAUGGGGAUGCUGUGCUCUUCUCUGAUGAGUCGGAGAUCAUAGUGAAACAGCACGGCCUGGACACAUUCUUUGAGCAUGAAAAACAACAUGAGAAUAAACCACUCGCACAGGGUCCUCUUAAGUGCUUUCUGGAGGCUCUAGAACUCCAGAAGAAAUUCUACGCCAAAAACGAGCGACUGAACUGCCCUAUACGCACCUUCUUGGUGACGGCCAGAAGCGCGGCCAGCUCUGGGGCCCGUGUGCUUAAGACACUCAGAAGCUGGGGCCUGGAGAUCGAUGAGGCUUUGUUCCUUGCUGGGGCCCCUAAAGGACCCCUGCUGCAUAAGAUUCGCCCACACAUAUUCUUUGACGACCAGAUGUUCCACAUUGAGGGGGCCAAGGAGAUGGGCACUAUUGCUGCCCACGUGCCCUAUGGGAUAGGACAGAAAUAUAACAAAGGGAAGCUGAUUGAACCAGAAAAGCAGCAGAAAUAAGAGCUUGUAAUGAUGUUACAGGUCAGCCACAAAGGGAGUUCCUUAGAUAGCUUAUAAUGUUUAGAUGAAGACAUCCUCACCUUACUUUCAAUGCUUUACGGUGCAAACAUGUCAUAGGAACUGCUGUGUAGAAGUAUGUUUUCUGAACAUACUUAUUUUUUCUCGCACAAAGACUUUGCUAAUGAAAUUGUUUUAUUAGCAAUGCUGGAAAAUUAUUUUUAGUUUAUUGGACAUAUCUGUCUAUCUGUAUAUCUAUCUAUCUAUCUAUCUAUUUCAUUUUUUAUAAAUCGUUAUAUAGAUAUAUAUGUUUACUAUAUUUAAAAGGAGUAUUUUGAGGAGAUUUGUUUUUAAUAGGGUUCAUAUAACAAUAAGAUUUGCAUUAUAUAUUAUAUAGGGCUGUUUUAAAACUUGAAAAUUAAACAUACACUUUGAAAUGUUUUUUGAUGUUCAUAAUUGAUAUUAUCUGGCUGUUCUAAAUGCAGUUAUUUUUGAGGAGGAAAGUACAUCACAGUGAGACCUUCAUUAUCAUUAUUAGAGUAUUCUCUGCAAUUCAGGACUAUCAUCUGCCCAUUAUGCUGCUUCGUGGUUGCAAACAUUUACUGCGGUGCUAUGUUCGAGGUUAAUUUGCUUUCCACACAUUGCUUGUUUUGCAAAUGACAGUUACAUAAUAUGUUGAUGUCUCUGCUUGUAUUAAAAUGAUAAGAAACACUAUCGAUUGGCAUUAAGGGCAUGUUGCAUGUCACUGAAUUGCAUAAUCAUUUUGUUGUUAAUAUGAUGUCAACAUAAGCUCUUAAACUCCGAAUGUAAAUGCACUGCCAUUUGUAUGUUUACCUGUGAUGAAGCAGUUUCACUAAAUGACGUUUUAUGCUACAUUGGUUUUGUUUUGGUUUUAGGCUGUUUUGUUUUGGGUUGAGGUAAAAUUGAAUUCAAGACUUGUAUUUGGGAAAAAUAAAGGUUUUUAGAUGUCAAAAAAACUUUGUUGGAGUCA